AUGGUUUCUCCCAGCCGGAGCAAGGCGUUGGCCUGCGCUUCCCGGGCCACCUUGACGGUCAGCCUGCCAGGAUUCCUCGUCCCGGCAUGGCAGCAGGUCACAGCGAUGACGACCGCGACAACUACCACGACGGUGAUGAGCCAGAUGCACCAGCAGCAGCGUCCCCGACAAUUCUCCACGACGACUCGACUAUCUUCCAAGCUUGGACGGACCCCCAUCUCCAUACCUCCCGGCGUGGAGCUCAUCAUGGGCGAACCCGUGCUUCAGCGUGGGGUGAGGGAUUGGAAGUCGACUGCUAAGAGGAUUAUAACUGUCAAGGGACCAUUGGGUCAACUUGAACUUGAAGUGCCGGAUUUCGUCAAGUUGGAGAAGAAUGAGGAGGAGAAGACUGCCAUUCUCAGCGUGGCUAAUGUUGACGCGAAGGGGCAGCAAGAUAUGUGGGGGACAUCAUGGGCAUACCUCCGCAACAGCAUCAUGGGCGUAUCCGAGGGUCAUAGCGCCAUCCUCCGCCUCGUGGGUGUCGGGUACCGCGCCACGGUGGAGAAGCGCACGGGCAAGGAGGAGUUCCCCGGGCAGGACUUCCUCUGCCUGAAGCUGGGGUUCACGCACCCGGUCGAGGAGGGGAUCCCGCGCGGCAUCAAGGUGACGACGCCUUCGCCCACGCGCAUCCUGCUCGAGGGGACGGACAAGGAGACCAUCAUGUCAUUCGCCGGCAAGGUCAAGCAGUGGCGCAAGCCGGAGCCGUACAAGGGCAAGGGCAUCUUCAUCAAUGACGAGACCAUCAAGCUCAAGUCUAAGAAGAUUAGCUGA